GGCGGCGGCAAAAGCAAUGGUGGCGGCGUGUCAAUAUACAAAUGUCUUUCAUCGGUUUGGGCAUACUAAAUACAUUUAACGUUCUAAAUAUUAUACGUUUACCAAGCUCAGCAAAAAACAUUACCCAAUGACCGGUGCCAUACUAAAAACAACCAUAUCAUAAGUAUCGGAAAUAUUAAACAAGUACAUACACUGUGGCACUGUGAAUAUUGUGAGGUAGCAAGUAAGCCAACGAUGGGUUUGUGCUAUUUUGCUUGCGUCUUUAUUUUCGUUGUCCUGCUGCUCUACGCCAGCCUGGAACUACACUACUUUCUCAGGAUGACCUUGACGGUUAUACUUGCAAGAUUUUGUAAGAAGCAAGUUCACAUUUUAGACGAAACUUCUGUAAACGGUAUCUGCAUAACGACUGACAUUGAUACGCUUCUGUAUCACAUGAACAAUGCGAGGUUUAUUCGAGAAUUAGACUUUGCGCGCGUGGACUUCUAUGAGCGCACCGGACUCUACAAACGUAUACGCAGCAAGGGUGGCAGUAUUGCUAUGGGGGCGACUACAAUACGUUACAGGCGGUUUGUGAGACUCUUCAAUAGAUAUACUAUUACCAGUCGGAUUACAUACUGGGAUGAUCAAAGUAUUUUCAUGGAGCAUCGCUUCAUCAACCCAUCGGAUAAGUUUAUAAACGCCAUUGUUUUAACACGCACACGAUUAAUGGAUUGCAAUACCGAAGAUGUAAUGAACGAGUUGCGUUCCACUUCGCCUUCUUCUGGCGAUGUCGAGGGUGAGACAAAACUAAAACCGGAAAUGCCCUUGGAGGUAGCAAAGUGGUGCGAAUACAACGCGCUCUCUAGUUCUAAUCUACGUUCGGAUUGCUGACAUCAAACUAUUUUAGUUAACGGAGCGAAAGUUUAACUCAAUCAACUAAUUUAUUUUUUUUAAUUCUCCGAUUUAAUUGUAAACUUUUAAUACUUUUAAGAAACGGAUUGUGUGUUACUUCCGGUCUCGCCACACUGCGUUCUCAUGUGAUAUAGCUUAACAUAACUUAAAACUAAAAAUUAUCAACACACAUUUUUCGUUCAUUGCAUUCAUUUGCGAGUGAAUUUUAAUGACCCGAUAAACCAGCGUUAAUGAUUAAUGAGAUUUAGCCACUUGUUAAAUUUCCAAAGUCUAUUUAACAUAACCUAACCAGAAAUAUCACCUAUUGUCGAUCUUAAUAUGACAAGUAUGAUAUAAAAUAUUGGAAAUUAGAUAUAGAAUAUAUAUAUGAGUAGGGAACAAAUUUUAAAAGGAAAUAAAUAUAAUAUAUAUUUGUUGUUGCUUAAAUUAAAGAUGUUAGUGUUACUAAGAGGGUACUUACAUUAAGUGGCAAGUGGCUUACAGAUGGCUUUAAAACUAAACCUAACCUAAGAAACGUCGAUUUUAUUCGUUUAUUCGUUGAGAGUUUUAAACUUUAAAUGUUUUAUUGUGCGCUGUGAUUUGUAAAACACGUUUCGUUUAAUGUUUAUCAUUUAAUUGCCUUCUCGUUAACAGCAACAGCAACGGUUACAUGCACAGCGGACCGCAAUCGCAAUUAAUGUCUACUUGUUUGUCAAAUGGCACACAUUGUACAUUCUUUUUUGUAAUAAAUAUAUUUUGAAAAAAA